GCCGCAGCCGCCCUCGCACACAAGUUCUUCUCUUCCUUGGCGCCUGCACCCGCAUACACAAGUUCUCCCUCUUCCUUCCUUCUUCCUCCCAUUUCUUUCCUUUCUCCUCCUUUCAUCCUUUUUUCUUCUUCUUCUUCUGCUCCGCGCCUGCCUGCCCCUGCCAUGCUCCCGAUGGAAUGUGAGUCGACAUCUAUGUGGGAGUUAAGCUUUGUUGUAUCAUCUAACCAUGGUAAACAUCUCUGAUUUUAGGUUACUUCAUCUCCAUUUUAAGGUAAGGUUCAGUGCUAUCAUUUCUCAAACAAUAUUAUGUUUGUGCCUCUACAUACGCUUUAUCGUUUAUUGGAAACAGCAUAGAUUGAAAGAAGUGCUAAAUGGGUCAUAUACCGUGAUUGUGCCACUUUUCUAGUGAUUUACUAAGAUUAUAUUUGUAAAUUCGUGUUUCUGAAAUGUGUAAGCUAAUGAUUGAUCCGUUUUUUUCCUGUCUAUUUCAUUCAUUUCCGAAACAGAGACAUUGGAUUUUAAGUUUUUGUUGAAACCAAAGUGUAGUAAUGUCCCUUGCGUUGUGGAGGAGGGUCUGAACCGGUAACUUACUGGGGGUACCUUAAGGGGGGACAGAGGGAUGGUUGUAUUUAAUUUGAGUGGUGACGAGAUUCUUGAGUACAAAGUAUGGAUUAAAGCGGAUAGGGUUUCGCCAUUUGAUCUUGCUGCAAGUUGGAGAGCACAUCAGGAGAAUUUCCAGCCUUCCUCUGUUCAUGGAAUACCAGAUAUCAAUAUAAUUUCUGCUGCUGAAAGUAAUGUGGUGGGUGUAGCAUACCUGCAUCUUCUUACACAGGCAUGGCUGUGCCGCUAACAUCUCAAAGAGGUUAUGGAAGUUGACCAUAAAAAGUAGUUGGAAACCAGAGUGUUACAAAGUCUAUCCAGGAAAUUAAAUAGUUACCUUAGUUGGAUGUUACAAAGUCUGUUAGAACGCUAUGCGAGCAGCUGCAGGAGCAGUUGCAGCUGCAGCUGUAGCAGAUCAGUUGCUCGGUCUAAAAGAGGAUAGGCAUCUAGCGAUUGUCUUGGUUGGAUUGCCUGCUCGUGGCAAAACUUUUACUGCAGCCAAACUUACUCAAUAUCUUCGUUGGUUAAGUCACAAGACUAAACACUUUAAUGUGGAAAGUAUCGAAGGCUUAAGCAUGGAGUUAAUCAGGACAAGGUGGAUGUUGAAGCACACCUGACUCAACAAGGAAAUACGUCAUAUGAUUAGGAUAAUGUGUUCCUCAUUGUAGUACCCCGUGACAAGAAAAAUUGCAUUUAUGGGUUGGGGUCAUUAGGUGCGACUGUUCCUCCUCGACCAUCAUCCUUCUGCAGCGAUGGUCGUACUCCGGGCACAUUUAUUCUUGAGGAACGAUUGACAAAGAUAGAGUGUGAGUUGGGUGAGUUGAGGACAGAUCUUGCCGAGGGACGUAGUCAAUGAGAAGUGAUACAACGUGUCACAAAUAUGGAGAACCAACAACGAGCCAUCUACGAUUUGAACUUGACCAUUAUGGAGCAAUUACGACGUAUGGGAGCACUAUCAAUUCAUAGGUCCGAACCCGAUUCAGAUGGUGGUAGUGCUCCGAAAUCAUGAUAUUUUAUCAUUACAAGUGUUUUAGUUACGACCUUAGUUGUUUUGGUAUGAUAAUAUGGUAACUUGAAUUAGAUCUAUACAUUUUUCUGAUAUGUGCUACUUGCGGUAUUCACACUAAAUACAUUGUA